GUGCUCUGAAAGACUCGCUGGGAUUGCAGCUAGUUGGACCAUUUGAUAUUUUGGCAGGAGCUCACAAAAACUCCAAGAAUUCCCAGCCGAACUUCCACCUUCACUGGCGAUAUUUUUAUGACCCACCAGAGUUUCAGACCAUACUCGCAGGGUGUGAGAACAGCCAGCAUCACAUUGGUUACUACAGAGAUACUCCAGACUCCUUCCCUUCGUUUGUUGGGGAAAAUGAAGCCAAGAAGGGCUGUACUAUAACACAGAUGGGGGACAACGUGUUUGCUGCAGUCCAGUGAGUGUUAACCACCACAAACUCACCAUAUAUCACUUUAUAUAAUCCAACUUCCAGCUUAAGAAACAAAUUCUUGGCACAAGAACAAAAAAGUCCUUGUGCAUUAGUGACCACUGAUAGUGGUGAUUUUAUUUCCCACAUCACAUUUCACAAUAAACUGUUUUGUUUUUUUAAAUGUAGUGUUUAGGUAUGCACUGUUUAACAGGUUCUAAAAGUGAUCUGAAAGGGGACAAAUGCUGAAAAAGCAACAAGGUCACAGCCUCCAAAGCAGGAGAAAUGAAAACUGUUUUUUAUGUUCAGGAAAAUCAGGAAGAGCUUAGUAUCAGCUGUACUGGAAGGUAGAUCUGGGCAAUAUGGAUUAAAAAAAAAAAACAAUCACAAUUUUUUUUUUCUUUCUUUACUGAACAAUUUCAGUUUCUGGUGAACUGAUGACAGGGAUACAGAUUUAAUGCUAAGCAAGAAGACUCUUUGUAGGAAAACCUGUUGCGUGGACUUUCCACUAUUCCAUCAUGCUUGUUUGAAUGGUAUUAUUUAGGGCUGCACGAUUUUGCAUAAAAUGAGAAUCACGAUUAUUUUGGCUUAGAAUUGAGAUCACGAUUCU